AUGGCUGUCACUGCUUCCGCACCAGCGCCUCUCUCCUCCCCGGCGCUUGGAGUUGCCGAUCAUGAGGACAGCAACAUCUCCAGCCCCCUCAGUGAGGUUGACACGAAAGAUGACAACGACGAAGACAUUGAGCAUAUGAAUCUCGAUCAUGAUGACGAAGAUAGCGUCAGGCGUAGCCCUCGAAAGAAGCCACCACCUACCGACGACUCGGACAGCGUUCUCUCUGACGCUCACUCCGAUGUACCCUCCGAUGGCAACGUCACAGAAGCUGAAACCGAACGACUAUAUGAUACACCAAAGCACCAAAGGCAACGAGACGUUGUGGUAGACCAAUACAACGAGGGCCAAGUCUACGAACACACUCCCAGCAAGCUUCGCAGGACAGCCAACAUGCACAACGACGACGAGGACGAAUCUGCAAUAGAUGACGACGAUGAUUCUACAGGCUCCCCCACAAUCGGUGAAGAUUCGCCAACAAAACAUAGUAUUGCACACAAUGCUGGACACGAAGACGAGCAUAAAAAUGACGCCCAAGAGCGGAAACGGAAGCGUUCACCCGCCGCCGAUCAAUCAGAAACCGAACAGCCGCUUAGAAAACGAGCAAGCUCAGAGCAUGCGACUGAUGUGAACAUCCCCCAGCAGCCAGAAGAGACUGUUUUGCAAGACGGGCCCACCCCUGCGCCUGAAAGCACCGGUACACAUACACCUGCUGAAGACACUGAUGCUUCUCCCCAGAAGAGAUCUACCAACAGAGAGACUGAUCUGGCAGAGCGUCUUUCGCGCGCCGUAAAAAAGAACACCCGCGGAUCCAAACGAAAAGCAGCGGCAGCUGUUGCUGAUCCUGACCCGGACACUGACAGCGGAAGUCAUGAUGGCGCGCGCGAUAGCGCCAGGGGAACAGACGUGGAUCACCACGACGAAGCUGAUGCAGAUGCGGACGAAGAAGUUGACUCAGCUACUGCACAUGAUGAAGAGCUGGAACGAAAACAAGCCGCUUUCAAGGAUUGGACUGUUAUCGAAGAAAUGUUUGGGGUGUUUCGUGACAGGCUCUACAAAGACCGACUUGAACGACUGGAAGAGGAAGAACAGUCACUCCUUGCCAGCGAACCGACACAUCCUGAGUACCUAAACAUGAAGCAGUGUCUGGAUGAUCGACUAGAACAAAAGCUACGCGAAAUAAACAAUGAACACGAAUAUCGCCUCAAGGCUCACGAGCGACGGUCCGUUGCCCAGCGAGCCCAAAUAUGGGGGCAGUACUACCAAGCGGUUCGUGAGAAGAGAGAAAGGACACUAGAAGCACUUAAUCAAGAGUGGUACGACAUCCAGACUGCAAGGCGAAGCGCACACAGCUUGCAGGACUGCGGCUUGCUCUACCCCAAGGAUCCCGCACAACGUGUGAGAAAUGCGAUCGCCUACAACACCGAAGUCUCAGCACUAGCUACGAUUGCAAAGUACAAAGGGUUCCCCGCAGGCCCCGAGAUGAGCGGGGCGACACCGUCGGAACUGGAAGAUGAUAUAGCUGCCAUUGAGCGAGCCAAGCGAUCACGACAUAAGCCAGUAAACCAACGACGCGAGGAAUACUAUGCCCAGCCAUUUGAUCGCCUCGGACCCGCUGGUGAACAAUUCCUUCGAGAGACGCCGUGGGCCAAUCCAAAUCAUUUACUUCACAAGGUGCACCCUACAGCUGCUUCAACGGAGGCACCUCCAGACGAGAUGACCAGCCGUGGUGCGCACCAAGCUUCUGUGCCUCCUGGCGCCCAAAUCACGCAGUCUCCUCCACUCUCAGCACGACUAUCGGAGUCUCCAGAAUUGACAAGAACGCUACUAAGCCCGGCUCACCAAGCUAAACGGGUUGGCAACCGUCUGCCCGGCGUCAACCGCGGUACAAAAGCAGCAGCUACAUAG